AUGUUGCUCUCCAAUUUUUUUCGCGGGAAUUUGAUCCGCCGCUAUGGCAAGAAUCAGCUCACAGAAAAGAGCAACGAGGCCCUCCUCUUCUCCGCCCCUGAGGACAAAAAAGCUGAAACAAAUGAGGCUGAAGCCUUCAAAAUGGUCCCCCAGCGGACCCGGGUCCUGCGGCCUAUAUUAUUUGCUGUGCUAUUUUAUGCCUUUUCCGUGCGGCAUGCUGAUGCUGUCUCCAGCGCCCCCAGCAAGGUCAAAGUGGGCCCGCACAGUUUCGAUGACAUCAAGCUCGACAAGAAGGGUAUUGAUGAGACCCAAAUCAUCCACCAGAAUUGGAUGAUCUACGCGAUCAAGGCGAUGCUCGGCCAGAUGGGCAAGGAUUUGCUACCAAAGCUCGGACGCCAAGACAAGCUCACCUUUCUACGGUGUUUGAGCCGGAUAAAGGAGCGGACGGAUUUGGUGGCGGCUAGCAGAUGCCUCAUCGCCGCCAAGGACGCCCACGAGGCGAUGCGCAAGAAGUACAAAACGUACAAUGAAUAUAUGGCCCGGAAAGCGCAGGAGAACCUCAGAAGCAGCACCGAGGUCGAGCUCGGCAACAAGGCGCAAAGAGCGCUUGGGGCGUUUAUCCAGGACACCAGCGACCUCCCAACGACCCCAAGGCCGAACCCCUUCGUGACGGCGGCGACGGUAACGACUCCAGCGACGACAACGACAACUCGACCACAACUUCGACAAGUUCAACUGCGAAGAAAUUUCAAGUCUUCUGAGCGAUUCGGCAGCUUGAAGAAGAAGUACCAAAAAUGGAACAACUCCUUCAGGGUGCUGAAGAGCAGCGAGAUGCCUUUCAAGAGCUCUCUGCGCUCUAAAUCGAUCUACAACAUUCUGAGAUCCUAUCGUCAUCACCGGAAGCUGAGGAGGUUGAGAAUGAUGGAUUCUGGAGAGCCGCGACGCCGCCUUCGAGUACGUCGCGUCAAGCGCUCCCCGCAUCGAUUGAUCGCCGACAUGGUGCAGAAGAGUGACUCGAAAAAGUUUGAGGUGAAAUCUAUGGCCAAAAUGCCUGCCUUACUGCAAGAAAAGAAGAGCCCCGUCCAGUCGAUCGCACGCCAGAUUAUGAAAGCUGUGAGGGGGGAGAAUGGGACUGAUUCGGCACCUGGCACCUGGACCCAAAGUUAUCAAAAUAUGCUGAAACUCAAGAAGCAGCUCGACAAACAGGCCAAAGAGCCCGGCGCAAAAGUGUACGAUUUGAGGAUGUACGAUCUGGUGCAGGGCCGAGACACGCCGUCGGAGGAUAUUUGGGAGAGGUCAAAGCAGCCCGGCUUCUUGCAAGAAGCCUACGGUCUGAUCGCUCGCAUUAAUGCGCAGGGGGAUAGUCAUAAUCAGAAGUUUUUGUCACCAAGAUUCGCCUCAAUCAUGCCCGACAAAUACGGAGACUCGGACAAAAAGGCCCUCUCCCCCUCCAUCCUCUCAUUUUAUCGAGAUGAAGCUGAGGACCAAAUCCUACCGUUGCCAAAGUUGCUCGAAGACAGUGGGCUGAAAGAUAAGGAUCGGGACGCCAUGCUCGAAGUGGUGAUGGAAGUCUCGGGAGCACGAGGGAUGGUCGAUACUGCGAUGAAGACGAUGAAAAACAUGCACAUGUUCGGCCUUGACGAAGAGUUCAAGGACGUCACCGACAAAAUUCAGGACAUCUUCAAGGCGUUAACCGGCAGUUUUACCGGGCGCCAGAAAAAGGAGAUGAAACGCCGUGGCUACACAUUUGCACACCCCGAACAGCUCGAGAAAUUUCACGAAGCGCAAGGCAUCAAGGAUCGGGAGCACGGCUUUAACUACGAUACCUACAAACGAUUAUCCCGGAAGCAGCGCGAAGAAGCCCUGUGGCUACGCGUCAGACAAAUUGCCAGGAAUGUUAGCCAUCCGGUAGAUGAGCCGCUGAUGAAGCGUGGCCCGAACGGGACGUGGAUCGAAAACCACAAAAGAGCGAAGCGUGCUCACUACCUUGGUGGUUGGCUGCAUGUUCUCGAGCCGACCGUCCUCGCCCCGUUCGCUUUUACACCCUCAAUUGGCGCUGGAAUCCUCGGACCGCUCGUCUUCUCUCCUGGACUUUUCAAUCCGGUCAUCUUCAACCCGUCGAUCGCGUCGCCGAUGAUCAUGUCCCCGGGCAUCGGCUACCCGUUCAUCCUCUCCCCCUACAUUUUCUCCUCCCAAAUCAUGAGCCCCCUCAUCUGGGCCCCAUAUAUUUUGACGCCCUAUUUAUUAGGGCCCAAUAUCAUUACCCCGUAUCUGAUGUCGCCUGUCAUUUUGUCGCCCAUGCUUCUAUCCCCUGAUCUCGUCUCUCCAAUGGCCCUCGGUGGAGCCGUACUUUCGCCCACUAUGCUCUCGCCGGCCGUGUUUUCCCCAUCCGUGUUCAUGGUUAGUAUCAUGUCACCGUCGUUUUUGAGC